AUGAGCUGGAUAUGGUGCCAUUUGCCGGUAUAACGCUGGACACCCAUCCGGGCUUCCGACUGGAUCGCGCGCAGCUCACGCUGUCGAUGAUUCGACAGGCAAAGCUCUACCCCCCUGCUUUCAAGACCCGACAGCUGUCGCUGGCGUGCAGCCUUUUGGGGCAGCUGCGUUGCACCCAACUCGCUUCCGGUCUACUUGCCUGCGACGAACGCCAAGCCAUGGGACCGCUCAUGACUCCCGUGGGGCUGGCGAUCAGCGAGUUGAUUUUCUCCGUAAUGGAAAUUACCGAGGCGGAGAAGCGCACAGACUGGACCAUAAAGGUGUUCGGUCACUUGGCCGACCUCGUGAUUUGCUUCGUUGUCGACCGGAUAGUCCGUCUCGACGAUAUCAUCACGAAACUCAACUCGAAGAUCGUCGGAAGAUUCUGGCCUGUCUCGCGGUACUUCGUCAUGUGGUUCACCCUGGUUUGCAUGUCAGGAUUUGUUGGAAAAAAUAAGUUGUCCGAUUUCGUCUCCUGUUUGCGUCUCUACGACCACCUUUUCCCCGAAUCCGACGAGUUAGACAACGCCGCGAUGGGGCGUCUCAAGAAGCUGGAAAAGGAAGAUACCGAGUGUUGGAUUAGGAGGGGCGAUCUCAUCACCCUGGACACCUUGGAAACAAUGGCCAAAGACCCCGACAGGCGGUUCAUCAUCUUCUCCCCAGACAGGCUCUUCGGAGUCCCAGACACUGACUCCGCGGAGGAAGAUCAAGGCGGCUCUUCGCGCGACCAGACGUCGCACGGCACCGCAGCCAUCGACGCCGUCUGCGACUACACCAGUAGCAGCGACAGCAGUGAUGAUGAGGACUUAGAGGCCGGUGAGGAUGGUCCGAUUCCUGCGAAAAAGCCAAAGUUGACGCAAGACGAGGACCUGACGCACCUGGUCGCGGCAGUCGUGUGCGCCUGGGAGGUGGUGCUGCAGAUGAACAGUGCGGACGAGACAACCGUUCGGGGCCAGUCGGGAGUCGGGUCUACCGGAGGCUGCGUCAAGGACGGCCACCUGCCCCGCCCCAUGCCUCCCCUCCUCUACCCCCUUCAGUUGCAGAUUUCUGAUUGGUUGGAGCAGCUCAAAGACGCCUGUGGCCAGGACAAUUCCAGCCUCACAGAGUCUGGAGACACUGCACCUGAUUCGCAGUCGUCGGCGUCCGUAGAGCGGAUGUCGUGGUUGGAGUUCAUCGUUACCUUGAACACAUACUCACCGAACGAAAACUCGCAGAAGAUCACCCGGAGUGUGGUGAACGCAUUUUGGUUGCCAAACAACGAGCACGUUCCGGGAAUCGGCGGAGGUCUCCCACUCAACAACGGGACCUUCACGCUGCCCUACGGAUUGAGUGGAGCUGGCCGCCUGAAACCUCUCUCGCACCGCCUCAUUCGCAAGAUGUCAGUUCACCUCCAGAUGAUCUUUUGCAAUGAAAUGCGACAGAAGUUAAACGAAAUGACGAAACCACCCUGCCCUGAGCCCGGGACGGCGUGUCUCACGUCUCCUGCCACAUUGGAGACCUUCAGUCGCUUCCUUUCCUACCAAGUGGAGAAGAAUCUCAUCAUCCCCAUCCUUCAAAUCUACAAACGAAUGCUGCAAAUAAAGGGCCAGGUUGACAUUCCAUUGUACCACGACGAGGUGGCCGGACCCGAGGCUACAGAACUUCCCAAAUCCAUGCCCAACAAUGACGAUUUCUACGCCUUCACGUUCUGGUUCGACCUGCUCGGCCAUCGGCUGGUUGAGGCCCUGCCUGCGGAGCAUCGCCUCAGCUACCGCGACGAUCUCUUUCACAAAGUUGAGCUGGAGUCCCAGGAGCUCUACCCACAAGACGUUGUCUUCCUGCUCAAUAAUGCUGAAAUUAGCCCGCUUUUUGUGAUACCUCGUCAAUUAGAUGGCAAUUUCCUGGAUUGGACCAUUCACUGGUUGACUUCACUCGACUGGACCAUUGUUCGAUUCUCUCGUCGCAUCCUGACGCCCGACUGCAUAUUGUACACGAUGUCGAAGUCGAUGCCAAACGACACCAGCCCCUCUCCACCCGCGCUGAAGUCCCAGCACCUGAUCCAUCCCCGUGAAGUGACCUCUCGCGUCAUCUUGCUUUCGACGCUUCAAGCUGUCUCUGCUUUUGAUCUCCUGGAUGUCGGCAGUGUUCGUUGCAUCAUCGAGCAACAGUUGAUGACUGUUCGCACCGAGACGAGGGCCGUUUUCGGCGUGGACACUGCUCGCCUCCUCCUGCCGUCCAUCAUCUCGCGUCGUCUCACCGAUCUGCUUCCCUCGUCGAGCUUCGGAACCACGUCGUUCUUCGGCUUCUGCGCCAACGAAACCGUCCUUCCGCCGGACGGCUCCUCUGCGUUGGCUCAGGCGCCCAUCUUCGAGUCCCUCGAACCUGCAGCAGGCGAUGGUGAACCGGAGAACUACGCGUCUCUGCGUGAUCGUCUUCUCAUCUCCGUCUACGAACUCUUCAAAUCCUUGGUCCCUGAAGCAGGUGGAGAAAUAGCCUGGGAUGAGCUGUCUCUUCAGGGUGAACGGUGUUUCUGCGUUAUCAUCACCGCUAUUCUCAACGGUCACUCGGGGCUUCCAUGGGCUCUCAUCAACAACAUUUUACAGUUGUCACCGGCAACGGUGAAUGCUCAGUUGAAGGUUCUUUGUGAAUACCUCAUUGCGGCGAUCUGCAAGUUCGAGGAACUCGACCGACGAGGCCUGUGCCCACCCGCCCACCUCCCGACACCCAGUGCGUUACUUUCUGCUCUUCUAACGUUUUGUGUGCAAUACCAUAUCAUUACAAUGGACCGUCUUCUCUUGUACCUUUUUGUUCGUUCGAACCAAUCGCCAGUUGACGUGGCCGCAGCCCACAGCAUAGCAAUCUUCCUCUUUACUCAAUGCCCUCAACUCGUCGAAGCCAUCAAUGCAGUCGCUAAUUUCGCCCCUAAUUCACCAGAAAUCAUCUCAAGCCACCGUUGGCCAAAAUUACUAAAGCGCCUUCACGAAAUCUUGCCCGAGAAACAGGCGAUUAAUCGUCCUCCUGCCGACUCUUCUGGGUCGUCGACAGUCCUCCGGCGAUACCCCUGUCAACCCGUCUACUAUGAUCACCUGAUUCUUCGUUUGGUUCCCGUCCUGGAGCUCAUAUUCACAUCGUUCCUCGACAAUCCUCCGCCUCUGCUCCAACUCGCCCGCUUUUGUAACCUCGUGGCUCCCCUAUUCAGGCUUCACUGUAGGUUUGACUUGGUCUUUUCCUUUGCUUGCGUUUUCCCCCCGCCCCCUAAGUUUCUCUGCCUCGCUUGCGCCGAAUUACUCAAGUACAGGACCCUGUAUCCGUGUAUUCACUGCUAG